CUCCUCAGCAGAAGCAGCGCCCUCGGGGCCGUCGGGGCGGCCUGGGCAUGGCGCAGAACGUGGUCUAUGCCGACCUGAAGUUUGCUGAGGGGUCUCCAUCCACCAUCCCCGAUGAAGACGACAGCCCCUAUGAAAACGUGCUGCCAGGGCCAGUGACAGCAGCGCCCAGCCCAGAGCCCUCGCCCCGGCGAUGGCACACCCCCAAAGUGCUGCUGCCAGCCAGCCUGGUCCUGCUCCUGCUGCUGCUGGUGGCCAUCGUGGCCCUGGGGGCUUGCUACUGGCAGGUCACCCGCAGCCUGCAGGACACCUCCAGCAGCUAUGCAGCUGAGCAGGAUCGCCUGUCACAGGAGCUGAGCACUCGGGAGCAGAGCCUGGGGCAGGCACGGGUGGAGCUGGCAUGGGCCAGAGCGGAGCUGGAGCGAGCGUGGCAUGAGGGCAACAUCAGCCAGCGGGAGCUGGAGAGCCUGAAUACCGAGCUGGGACACGUCGUGGAGGUCCUGGGCAAGACAGAGAAGGAGAUGCAGGAAGUGCAGGAGAAGCUCAACAGCAGCGAGAGCACUGUGAGCAGCCUGCGUGCCUGCGUGAAUACAGACUGCUGCCCCUCGGGCUGGGUACUCUACAGGAGCAAGUGUCUCUUCAUCUCUGUGCAGAAGAAGACCUGGCAGAGCAGCAGGGAUGACUGCAGAGCGAAAUCCGCUGAACUGCUGGUCCAAGAUAGCUUGCUAUCAUUGACAGUACCGCAUUUUGUGCAGGAGUCUACUGAAAAGUACUGGAUUGGACCAAACAUUUAUUAUGACACAAGGGCGGCUUCUAAAUCGCAGGGCAGCAGUCAAACCUGUGGAUCUGCGAGAAAUCCCCGAAGUUGAGCAGCACAUCUGAGACCUAACCUCAUCUCCUGGCCAAGGUCUGACUGCUGGCACUCUACUCCAUCUCUGGACUUGGGGGCAGGAGCUGGGGGUGCACCCCAAGACUCUGUCCCCUGUGCACGCAUUGCCUCAACUGCGUUACGAAGCACUGGGAAAGAGGGUCUGUAUUUUAAAGGCUAGAAAAGAGACCUUAUUUCGCUCUCUCACACUCAUGCAUACACUUAUCACACCACCUUG